CACUGAUCAGAUCUGUUAAUGUUAAACCUGUAAUCAGACACUAUUCAGAUCUUUUAAUUACGAACCUGGGAUCAGAGUUUAGUCGUUCAGACGUACGUGGAGUUGGUCUCCUUCAGGAUGGGAAGCCCUAGAUUGAAGAGGAAUGACUUGAGGUGAGUGUUCAAAGGACCAGAGGGAUCUUUUGCAGUAAGGAGAACUGUUUCAGUCACUUGACCUCCACUCCGUCGGAGGACGAUGAUCCACACAUGAACCAAAACCUCCUGAAUCUGUAAGAACAGACUACCCCUGGAGUUUAUUAACAAAGAGUUCGGACUAAGGAACGCAUCCGGAGAGACUUCCUGUCUAGACCUCCGCUAAGAUGGCUGAAGAAAACCCUCUUUUCAAACAUUUCCUGACCUGCAGCGUGUGCACUGAGAUCUUCAAGGACCCGGUGUCUCUGGGCUGUCACCACAGCUUCUGUUCCAGCUGUCUCAACGACUUCUGGGCCCAAGCUAAGAACAAGAACUGUCCCGUCUGUAAGAGGAAAUCCUCAAAGGGUAUAGUCGUUAACUUUUCCAUCAAGGAGCUCGCUGACUCCUACGCUGGAAGACAGAGGUCUGACCCCUCUGAUGAGGCCCAGGUGGUCUGCCCUGAACCCUCCCAGAGGUCUGACCCCUCUGAUGAGGCCCAGGUGGUCUGCACUGAGCACUUAAAGGAUAUCAAGUGGUUCUGUAAGGACGAGCAGAGAGCUGUGUGUCCUGUGUGUGAGUCCCCUCACCACCAGGGUCACACAGUGGUUCCUCUAGAAGAACAAGUCCAGGAGCUGAAGCAGCAGCUGACACAUGACCUCACGGCUCUACAGGCCAGGAGGAGCAGACACCAGGAGCUGGAGGAGACGUAUGAGGCCAUGGUUCCUCACCUCAAGAAACAGCGGGUGAAGACCGAGAGGCGGAUCAGAGCAGAGUUUGAACAGCUUCACCGGUUCCUGAGAGAGGAAGAGGAGGCCAGAGUGGAGGCCCUGAGAGAGGAAGAGGAGCAGAAGAGGAAGAGGAUCCUCCUGGAGAGGAAGACCCUUCAGGAGCAGAACCGGUCUCUCUCAGAGGGUCUCUCGGCUGUAGAAGCAGACCUGCAGAAGGACGGCCUGUCGUUCCUCAGCGCUUCCACGCGCUCCCGGACCAGCGCCAGAGCCCUGCUCUCCGGUUCUGAUCCCCAGCUGCUUCCUGGAGCGCUGCUGGACGAGGCCAAACACCUGGGAAACCUGGCCCACAGAGUCUGGGAGGAGAUGGGGCAGAGGACCACCUUCAGCCCCGUUACUCUGGACCCAAACACUGCAUCACGCCGGCUCUCUCUGUCUGAUGAUCUGACCAGCGUAAGACGCAUGGACGUAAUCCAGAUGGUCCCUAACAACCCAGAGAGGUUCACUAGGUACCGUAAUGUUCUGGGUUCUGAGGGCUUCAGCUCAGGGGAACACUGCUGGGAGGUGGAGGUGGGAGACCAUCCUGACUGGCUAAUAGGUGUUGCUAAAGAGUCAGUGGAGAGGAACGGAGAGUGUACUGCUUCACCAGAUAAUGGAAUCUGGUGUUUAUCUCAUGUCAGUGGAAAGUACACUCAGGGUAAGAGUAUAACCCUGACAUUGAAGAGGAAUCCAGAGAGGAUCAGAGUCCAGCUGGACCAUGAUGGAGGGGAAGUGUCCUUCUACGACCCUGAAGACAAUACUCUCAUCUACACCCAUCAACACACUUUCACUGAAAACAUCUUCCCUUGGUUUAGUCUUGGAGCAGCAGGUGAAUCCCGGACGAUAGAUGUUAGAGUGUGUGGGGUCUCCUCACACACUCAGCUCUAGAUUGACCUGUGUGUGUUUUUGUGUGUGUGUGUGUGUGUGUGUGUGUGUGUGUGUGUGUGUGUGUGUGUGUGUGUGUGUGUGUGUGUGUGUGUGUGUGUGUGUGUGUGUGUGUGUGUGUG